CUUCCAGUGGCUGCUACAAAGAACAAAGCUAGAGGCAGCCAAGGGCAGUUUCCACUUACACAGAACGUCACGGUUGUUGAAGGGGGAACAGCAAAUUUGACCUGCAGGGUCGAUCAAAAUGAUAACACCUCCCUCCAGUGGUCAAAUCCAGCUCAACAGACACUGUACUUCGAUGACAAGAAAGCUCUGAGGGACAACAGAAUUGAGCUGGUCCGAGCUUCAUGGCAUGAAUUGAGUAUCAGUGUCAGUGAUGUGUCUCUGUCAGAUGAAGGGCAGUACACCUGCUCUUUAUUUACUAUGCCUGUCAAAACUUCCAAGGCUUUUCUUACCGUUCUCGGUGUUCCUGAGAAGCCACAAAUUACUGGAUUUACCUCACCAGUUAUGGAGGGAGAGAGGAUGCAGCUAACUUGCAAGACGUCUGGUAGUAAACCGGCAGCUGAUAUCAGAUGGUUCAAGAAUGACAAAGAAGUUAAAGAUGUUAAAUAUUUAAAAGAAGAAGAUGCAAAUCGUAAAACAUUCACAGUCAGCAGCACACUGGAUUUCCUAGCAGAUCGCAAUGAUGAUGGUGCAGUUGUAAGUUGCAGAGUAGAUCAUGAGUCCCUAAACUCUACACCUCAGAUAGCAAUGCAGGUUCUAGAAAUACACUAUACACCUUUAGUUAAAAUCAUUUCUUCCAAUUCAUGGCCUGAAGAAGGACAAUCUAUAAUUUUGACUUGUGAAUCCAAAGGAAAACCAGUGCCAGAACCAGUACUGUGGACAAAGGAUGGCGGAGAACUGCCAGAUCCAGAGAGAAUGGUUGUCAACGGCAGGGUCCUAAGCAUCAGUUUCCUAAACAAAACAGACAAUGGCACAUACCGAUGUGAAGCAAAAAAUCCUAUUGGCCGAAACAGCACAGAAUAUGUCCUGAUAGUACAUGAUGUUUUCAACACUUUGCUUCCCACUACUGUCAUCCCCUCCCUUACCACUGCAACAGUCACAACCACUGUAGCCUUAACAACCAGCACAACCACAUCGGCAACAGCCAUCAGCACCAGAGAUCCAAAUGCUUUGGCUGGACAGACCGGACCUGACCAUGCUCUUAUAGGAGGAAUAGUGGCUGUAGUUGUCUUUGUAACACUAUGUUCUAUAAUUCUCCUUGGUCGAUACCUGGCAAGACAUAAAGGAACAUAUUUAACAAAUGAAGCAAAAGGAGCUGAAGAUGCACCUGAUGCGGACACAGCCAUUAUCAAUGCAGAAGGCAGCCAAGUCAAUGCAGAGGAGAAAAAAGAGUAUUUCAUUUAG